GCUCUCUACUCCUCCUCCUUCCACUAUCACACUCCAUCCUUCCAUCCUUCCUUCCUUCCUUCCUUCUUUUCUCGGUGAACAUCAAGAAUUUAAAAUAAUAAAAAAAAAGAAAUCGAUUCUGAGAAAAUGUCGAGACAGCCACACCUUCCACCUCGUUGCCCUAUUGCAAAGACGAAAUCUCUAGAUUCUUCAUCAUGGAAAAAUGAAAACUUUCAUUUGCAACACCAAAAAUCUGUAUCGCAGAGUUUUGAUAUGGAGGAGCAACCAGCAUGGCUAGAUGAUCUUUUGGGUGAUUGGGACUCGGGUUUCAAGUUAAAAUCUCAUCGUCGUGCAGCUAGUGAUUCUGGAACUCUUUUGGAUGGGCUUUCUGAGUUGCCUAGCGUGAACACGGAAAAAGAUGAUAAAAAUGCUGCUACUGUUUUAGAGGAGUCGUCUUGUAUAUAUGGUCCUAACUCACCUCGAAGCAUGGGAAACGUAUUAAUUGAGUUGCCUAAAGUGAAUGUUGUAAAAGAUGAUAAAAAUGCCGCUACUGCAUUACAGGAGUCUGCUUGUAUAUAUGGUCCUAACUCACCUCGGGCCAAGGAGAAAGUAUCAGUUCAAGAGAAUGAUAUAGUUUCAGCUUUAUCAGAGUAUGCUUCUCAUGGUCCUGUGCAGUAUGCCAAUUCAGAUGUUUUCGGUUCUGCGUUUUCACAACUUGAUUCAGUAAAAGAUGCAGUUGGUGAAGUCACUAUAGAGGCUAAACCGUUUAAAAGGCAUUCUGCGCAAAGGUCACGUGUACGUAAACUCCAGUAUAUAGCAGACUUGGAAAGAACUGUUGAAAGUUUUCAGAAUAUCGUGUCAGAAUUAGCUGUAAGAGUUGAUUCUCUGGCAGAGCAACGUGUUUAUUUGUCGCUAGAGAAUAAGCAACUAAAGCAGCGGUUGGCCAGACUACAGCAGGAAAAGUUUGUCAUGGAACGCCAGUACCAGUUUAUGAGAAAUGAAGCUGAGGUGUUGAAACAUCGUUUAAGCAAGGUAAACACACAUAUUAGGUCGAAUUCUACUGGCAAUACAGAGAAACUGCAUGUAGAACCAGCUUGGCAUAUGAUCGACAUGGGCAAGCUUCAUAUUAACUGAAGAAUUUUGGGAACAAGGUAAAGGUGUGUUUUCUGCAGAUAUAGAACUGAUAAGUUGCCUGCAUUCUAGGAAGAAUUAGAUACUCCCCAUUUCACCUUUUCCAUUUAAAAAAAUCACUUGUAGGUUGUAUUAGAAAUCUCCCACUUGAUAAAAGAAGGGACCGGAACUAUGUAACUAACUGUGCUGUUGAAAUUGAAAAAAUUAGUGUAUUCUUGUUUUGA